AGCGAGAGCUGAAGUCCAAAGACUAUGUUUAAAUAAAAUAAACUGGUAAAAUAUGUUUCAAUCCAAUCAAGCGCUCCAAAAGGAACAAGCCGAUUUAUAUGCCUUGGAGAAAAAACUGGUUCAGAACCUGCCUAAAAUCCAGGAAGCGUUGAAUUCACUUAAGGUGGAGGAGUUGCAUUUAAAAUCGCAGUUGGUAAAUCAGAAGCUAUCCCAAGUGGAUCCAUCUAUUUUAAAUGUAAGCGCUGCGCCAUCACAACACAUUCCUGCUCCACACGAUCAAGAUCAAGCAAAUCAUCAGGAGAUUGACUUGGACUUGUUUGUAAGCAAGUUGCAACAGUUUGAUGUAGAAAACGAUUCAGAUUAGUAUUAUUUUAAUGUCAUUUAUUGAUCCACAUUAAGCUAAUUUCGAAUGCUUGACAAAAUAAACAAGAUAAGAUUUAUGUAUAAA